CAAACAUGAUCUCAAAAAUUUUAGCUAUCUCCGCUGUCGUGGCUUUUGCACAAGCUGGUGAGUUUCAACUCGGACACAACCAACAAGCUUCUUCCUACUCUUCGAUCAACCAUUAUCCAACUCUGGUCAAGUCUGCCCGAGUUGCUCAUUAUGCCACCCCAGUAGUUACAUACCACAACUCUCCAGUUCAAACUUAUGCUGCUCCAGUUGCUGCUUAUCAUGCUACCCCAGCUGUUGUAAAGAGAAUUACCCCAGUAUCUCAAUAUGCUAUCCCAAUCAUCAAGGCUGUUCACCAAGAAGUAUACGCUGAUGCUCAUCCACAAUAUUCUUACCAAUACGGAGUUCAAGAUGACCACACUGGUGAUGUCAAGAACCAACAUGAAGAACGUGAUGGUGAUGUUGUUAAGGGAUAUUAUACCUUGGUCCAACCUGAUGGUGUUACCCGUAUCGUGCACUACUCUGCUGACUCCCACAACGGAUUCAACGCUGAAGUAGUAUACAAAGGAGAACCAAUUGUCCAAAAAGGCCGUAGUAUCUAAGAACAUCGUUGCUGCUUCAGUAUUCAAUGCCUA